CCUCCACUUGAACCAACCUCGAAAAAAGCCAACCCAUUUGAUUUCAUUCAAAUUAUAAUUAUAAUAACAAAAAGUACAAAACCCUCUCAUCAUCUCCCUCAAACCAAACCCACAUUACUCAUUUCUCCACUGCAACUCCUCAUUGCAGAAGCAUUUUUCGUGUUUUUUCAAUCAUACCCACAAAGCUCGGAGCUUUAUUCAUCAUCCCACAUUGAUUUCCUCUCUCAAUGCAUAAAAAAGAUUGAAACUUUACACAACCCUUUCGUUUUCAAGCCUUUUAAAGAUUGCAUUUUUACUAUGAACUUUACAAGCUUGGGUUGCUUUGUUAAAUUCUUCUACCUUUUCUCCUUUUUAAUUUCUGUCACAUUUUCACUAAACCCAGAUGGGGUCUCUCUCUUAGCUCUCAAAGCCGCCAUUCUUAAAGAUCCAACUGAAGCUCUCAUUUCCUGGUCUGACUCAGACUCAACUCCUUGCAGGUGGGAUGGAAUCAGCUGCGAUCACGCCCACCGUAGGGUGCUCUCCAUUUCUCUCCCAAGCAAGAAUCUCACGGGCUACAUUCCAUCAGAGAUUGGUGCCCUCACAUUUCUCACUUCUCUUGAUCUCUCACAAAACUCUUUCGGUGGGCCCUUGCCUCACCAUAUCUCUGCCCUUCAAAACCUCAUACAUCUUGAUUUAUCUUCCAAUAAUUUCAAUGGCUCACUCCCAGAAAGCCUGAGCAAUCUGACUCAUUUGUCAGGGACUUUAAAUCUUUCGUAUAACUCAUUUUCCGGCGAGAUUCCGGCGAGUUUUGGUCAGUUUCCGGUGAUGGUCAGCCUUGAUCUCCAGCAUAAUAAUCUUACUGGCAAAAUACCUACGGUGGGCUCGCUUUUAAACCAGGGCCCAACUGCAUUCUCUGGAAAUCCUAAUCUCUGUGGUUUCCCUUUGAUUAAUAAUCCCUGUGCAGAGCCCGAAGCACAAAAUCCUAGGCUCUUGAACAACCCUCAACGACCCGAAAAUAGCAGGCUUUCCUCAAACGGGCUUGCGGCCAAUAGAAAGAUAAAUAGUGGGCCGGUCACAAUUUCUGUAAUUUCAGGGGUUUCAUUUGUGAUUGGGGUGGUUUUCAUCUCUGUGUGGGUAAUCAAGAAAAAAUGGAAGCUUGUGGAGGGCAAAAUGGGAAAAGAAAAUGUCGCUGGUGGCGGGGAUGCUGCCAUGGCCGUGAGGGUGGGCUGUGAGGAAGGGCAAAAGGGUAAAUUUGUAGUCUUGGACGAAGGGUUUAGUUUGGAAUUGGAGGAUUUGCUGAGGGCAUCAGCUUAUGUAGUGGGGAAAAGCAGGAGUGGUAUUGUGUACAAGGUGGUGGCCGGCGGUGGCGGGAGAGGGGUGGGGCCGGUUUCCGGUCGCCGGUUUCCGGUGACUGCCGCCGUGAGGCGGCUGAGCGAGGGGGAGUCGCGGUGGAGGUUUAAGGAGUUUGAGGCUGAGAUGGAAGCCAUUGGUAAGGUGCAGCAUCCGAAUAUCGUGAGGCUGAGGGCGUUUUACUUUGCCAGUGAUGAGAAAUUGCUGAUUUCGGAUUUUGUUCCGAAUGGGAAUUUGCACAAUGCAUUGCACGGUGGUCCAGGCAACACUUUACCUCCACUCUCAUGGGCCACAAGAUUUCGGAUCAUUCUAGAAACUUCAUGGGCACUUACGCACAUUCACGAAUGCAGCCCCAAAAAACACAUCCAUGGGAACAUAAAACCGUCGAAAAUCCUCCUAGACGACGAGCUAAAACCGUACAUUUCUGGUUUCGGGCUGACCCGGCUCACGCCAAACGGGUCGAAAUCCACAAGCACGAGUUCCAAGAAGCUAAUAAGUCUUAGCCAAGAUAUCAUGAGUACCAAAAGUUCAAGCUCGUCAAACAUUACUAUAGCUGCUGCUUACCUGGCGCCCGAGGCCCGAGCUCAUGGUUCCAAGUUGACCCAAAAAUGUGACGUGUACUCCUUUGGUAUCUUGCUUCUGGAGAUUCUUACGGGCCGGGCUCCAGACAGUGAAGGGGAUAACGGGCUUGAGGACUUGGUGAGAAAGGCUUUUCGUGAGGAGAGGCCAUUGUCUGAAAUUAUAGACCCGUCUCUUUUGCACGAGGCCCACGCGAAAAAGCAAGUGGUUGCGACUUUUCAUGCUGCAUUGAGUUGUACCGAACGAGAUCCUGAGUUAAGGCCGAAAAUGAGAACAGUUUCGGACAACCUCGAUUGCAUCAAAAUGCAGUGAGAGAGUAUGAAUUAAGGCAUGUCUGUAUUUUUGUAAAGAUGUUUUUUCCUUUCUUUUUGUAGCAUGCAAUCUUGUGUUGUGUUGUAGACUUGUAGGUGCAUUUUUCUUCUACUUUUAUGGGUAAUUUUGGAUCUUAAAUCCCGAAUGUGGUGUUAGUGUCUUGGGGCAGUUGCAGUGCUUCAAAGUUUCAGAAACAUAUAUAUUAUUCGAUUUGGGAUGAGUUUUGACUCUCUUCACUUAGUAAUUCAAAAUAUUAUAGGAAAAUACUUUUGAUAAAAGGAAAGAAGUGUGUGUGAUGAGAAUUUGUAUGAGAAUUUGCAUGAGAAUUUGUAGUUAACUAUAUCC